CCCGGCUCUGAGGUGCCUUCUCUCGUCCCAUUCCUCCUCUUCCACUCCUUCACUCUCUUCCUCGUCACCACCACCGCCAAACCAUCUCCCCCCCCGAGCCCGCGUCGAAAAGAGAACUUGGAAAGGGCCACCUCGCCAAUUCCUUUUUCCUUUUCUCUUUCCCCCCCUCCCCUUUCCCCCCGGCUAUUUUUUGUUUCUUCCCCAACCGACCUCCUCCGAGAUACCCACCCCCCGUUGACAUACUCUGCCCUUGUCUUCUUCGGCCGCUGCACGCUUCCCUUCUUUCACUUCGUUUUGACGGCUCUUCUUCUCCGGAUACCCACGAAAGCCGUCGCCCAUCCGCCUCGCCUUGACGCCCCCCUGCUUGACCAGCCCGACCUCCGCUCCCUCACCAUGAAUAAGCUGGCCAACAUGCGUCACUGGUCCGAGAGGAUGAGCCCCAACUUCGGAAUGGGUCGUCCCAACAUGCCCAUGAACGCCCUCAACGCCCAUCCCAAGAACGCCGCCCAGCCUGGCGGCCCCAUAAGCUCGCCGCAGGCCGCCGAUGCCACGAUCCACUACUCGUUCAACGUUCCCUUCGCUUCCGACCUCGCCGGCCCCGACACCGAAGACAUUGUCCACGCCACGACGGACGCCGUCCUCAGGUGGACGCAUCCUAAGGACGCUCCCGAUGACGUUCAAGUGCACGAGCUGCCCGUUCACGUACAGAACCUGGUCCACCUUCGCAAGCUUUGCAGCGACCUGUCCAUCGGACCGCUACCCAUCGAGGCCCACGUUCUGUCGACAACGCCCAAGAAUGGCAGGGGCCAGCAGGUCACCACCGUCUGCCUGUCCGGCUCCCCGGAGCUGGUAAACAAGAGCAGGGAGACGAUUCUCAAUGAGAUUCCCAUCUCAAUGCGUUGCACCAUAAUCGAUAUCGACGGCAGCCUGGUCUGCGACCUCAGCGCCGGCAUCCUCAAGACCCCAGUCGUGGAAACCUUAGACUACAUCUCGAGCUUCUGCGGUGUCGACAUUUUCUUGCUUGGCCCCAAGCUGACCCCCAUGGUGGACGGCAUGACCGGCGAUUCGGAGAUGCGCAUUGACCAGCGAUGGCGGGUCGCCAUCUACGGUGACAUUCUCUCGUCCGAGCACGCAAAAGCCCGGGUCUUGAUACACAUUGACACUUUGCUUGGUCGUGUUGUCGACGUCACCAAGGUGGAGCUCUAUCUCCACCAGCUUGUCUGUGGUCGGCAUCGAAAGAACAUCAAGCUCAUCGAGUCUUCCACCGGGACUGCCAUUUACUUCCCUCCGCUGUUCUCGCAAAUGUACCGCUACUGUCCCCCGAACGCGAACCGCCGUGAUCCCUCCGAUAUCUUCAUCACCGGCGACUCCCCGCAGGCCAUCGAGUUGGCCAAGCAGAAGCUGCACGAGACCGUCUCGCGAAUUCGACUCUACGUCAAGGACGUCACGAUUCCCGCCGCUAAGAUUGACAGCAUCCUGCUCACCCGCCUCGAUAAGGUUCGCAAAAUUCUCGAGGCCAAUGGAACGUACAUCAUGUUCCCCCCACUGGCGUGUCAGCGUACCAUGGUUCGGGUCCAAGGCAGCGAGGGCCUUCCCGUUGAGCGAACCGUGCGGGAACUCAUGUCCUUGGCCGGUCAAUUUUACGGUGCUGGCUGGUACACGCAGCACUCCGAUCAGAGACAGCUCCUUGGCCCCGCGGAUAUCAAGGCGAUGUUGGGCGAGAUCUGCGCCAACUCGGACGCUGACUUGUCUUUUGACAAGAUGAACUUCACCGUCACCGGGUCUGACGAUGCUGUCAAGUCGGCGCUGAACGUCAUCUCCGAACUUCGCUUUGUGACACUGGCUCCGUACCAGAUUCGCGUCAAGAUUGAGCUGGCCAACGAGCACAAAGAGUUUGUUAGCGGCAAGAAGAAUGGCAAAAUCAACAAGAUCAUGGGCCAGAGCAACGUGCAGAUCAUCUUUGACGGCUUCAACGAGUACAAUUUCAACAUUGACGUCAUGGCAGCCAGCUACGAGUCCAUGAAGCAAGGCCUCACUCUUGUUGAGCAAGAGAUGCCUGCUUCCAUCUCCUUCCAUGUCCCGGACCAAUACCACAAGCGCAUCAUCGGCAUCGGUGGCCAGCAUAUCCAGCGUAUUAUGAAGAAGCACUCCGUCUUCGUCAAGUUCUCCAACGCAAUGGAUAGAGGUGGAAUAAGUCGCGAGGAUGAUGACAUCAAGGUCGAUAACGUGAUUUGCCGUACGCCCGCGCGCAACGCGCAGAAUCUGGAUGCGGUCAAGAACGAAAUUCUUGAGAUGGUGGAUCGAGCCGACUCGGAGUACACCACCCAGGUUGCCAGCGUAGAUCGCUUGUACCAUCGAGAGCUCAUUGCACGCUUGCCCGAGAUCGAUGAGCUGGAGCAAAAGUACAACUGCAAGAUCAACUUCCCCAGUACCGAGGAGGCAAGCGACGAGGUCACGGUUACCGGCCCGCAGUGGCAGGUACCGCACUGCGUGGACGAGUUCCUUGGCAUGGUGCCAGACAAGCACGAGCUUGUAGUUGCCCGCACUGCCGAGCUUGUCAAGUUCAUCGAGUCAGCGGACUUUGCUUCAGACCUGGUGACGAAGCUGAAGACGCAGUACGAGGUUGAGGUCACUGUUCACCAGAACCCCGACGAGCUCACCGAAGAGGGCAAGCCGACUGUCACUCUGGUCUGGGGCUUUACUCGCAACAAUGCCGGCGGGCUUCGGGAUGCCAUCGAUUUCCUUCAGGCCCAGCUUGCGGCUGCUGCCGUUGAUGCCGCCAUUGUCAAGGGAUCCAUCCCCCGGCCCAAGUCGGACUCGUUUGAGGACUCUCUCCAGUACUUCGACUCGAAGCUUCUUCAGCACGCGCCCAACACCGUUGCUGCCGACUCCCCCGUCAAGGCUGCCUUUGAGGCCGGGGUCGCCCGUGAGCGGAGCAGCAUCCUCGACCGCCUCCGCAAGCCCGGCAGUAUGACGUCCAUCUCGUCCUUUUUGGACCGCAGAAAGAACAGCUCGCAAUCGACCAACGGCAACUUCUUUAAGGGCUCGAGCAACGUCUCCAAGUCGUCGCUCAUCUCCAUCGAGUCGACCCGCAGUUUCAACGCCGACCGUAACCCCUGGAACGACAGCGGCGUAAAUUUGCCCGACGACGACCACCCUUGGGCCCCGCGCCCGAUCAGCAAGCACAUUGACAGCAAGCUUGCCAUUCCGCUGCCCGGCGAUGUGACGCCACGCCACGGCCCUCGCGCGUCGGGGGACAGCGGCCGCCCUUCUACUUCCCAUUCCAUGAAUUCAGGAUACCCCGGCCCAGUUGGGCCUUCCCGUUAGAUUCCAACUUAGAAUGCGUCUUCGAGCGAAUACCCCUGCUGGAUAUACCCUGGCGCAAACGUAUACCCUGGAACGGCUGAUGUCACAUGGCGUUGCAUCGGUCGGGCCUGAUUGUUUCUGCUUGCAUUUGCUGCCUGUUUGCCGCGCCGCGUGCACGCUCUGUUUCGUGCCCCGCAACGCUGCGAAUGUUUAUGAGAUUUGUUUGAUUUGGUUAUUUGACGGGUGGUGUCACUCUUGAUGAUUGACGUCCACUCUUUAUACCCAUAUGCGCGACUGAACGUCAAAGAAAACCAAAAAUACCCCGAGAAUACGCAGCGAGAAUGAUCUGGUCGAGAGUUUGACGCAGGAUUUGUGCGGAGAGCCGGCGCGUGGGCGCUCGAGCAGGAGAAAAGUUUAUGUUGCGGGAGCAUGACGGGCUGCGGAUACGGCGUGUCUCUGAACGCGUCGAAACCCCAGGGAACGGAACUUUUGUGCGGCACGGGGGUCUACGCUAGACGCAGCAACAGCACAAUAUAUGAGCUAUAAAGCCGUGAAGCAUACCU